AACAGUCAAUGUGGUAUAUAUAUAAAAAAAUCAUUACCUACUCAAAUGCCCAAAAAUGACCCCUGAUUGCCAGAUAAAGUAGUUCCCGCGUGAGGUGUCCCGCACAGAAGUAAGGGCUCGGUCGGUAUGCCCGCCUCGUCUUAAAUGGCUUCCUGUGCUCUCUUGACAGACCAGCAGUACUCAUGGUCCCCGACGCAGCACUUCAACGAAGGAAGAUACUCCCCCGCUCCUAGGAACAUGAAGGGGUUACCCGGGGGCCGGUCGCAAGCGCAGCUGUGUUCGGGCCACACGUGUGGCUUGGCAGCCCCCGAAGACUGUGAGCACGCGCACGAGCACCUGCACCAUGCGCAGGAGGCGAGGCAGCCCUACCUGCUCAGCCCCGUGGAGAGCUGCCCCAUGGACCACCACCGCUGCUCCCCCGGGAGCUCCAUCCACUCUGAGUGCAUGAUGAUGCCCGUGGUGCUGGGCGACCACAUGUCCAGCAGCACCUUCCCCAGGAUGCACUACAGCUCCCACUAUGACACGAGAGAUGACUGUGCCGUGUCCCACGCCAGCACCAGGGUCAACCGCAUCCCGGCUAACCUCCUGGACCAGUUUGAGAAGCAGCUGCCCCUGCACCGGGACGGGUUCCACACGCUGCAAUACCAGAGGACGUCCACGGCCGCAGAGCAGCGCAGCGAGAGCCCAGGGAGGAUACGGCACCUCGUCCACUCGGUCCAAAAACUCUUCACCAAGUCCCACUCCCUAGAGGGCUCUUCCAAGAGCAACGUCAACGGCACCAAGGGCGACGGUCGGGUGGAGGACCACCACCACGGCCACCACCCCAAGCAUGGCAAACGGAGUAAAAGCAAGGAGCGGAAGCCUGAGGGCAAGCACAGGUCGGGCACAAGCAGCUGGUGGAGCUCCGACGACAAUCUGGACAGUGACAGCACCUGCCGCACGUCCAGCGUGGCCAACAGGCACCAUGUGGACCACGUCUCCCACUGCUACCCUGAGGUGCUCCCGGGCCCCUUCGGGGAUCUGUCCCUGAAGACGUCCAAGAGUAACAGUGACGUCAAGUGCUCAGCCUGUGAGGGCUUGACCAUGACGCCCGACACCAAGUACAUGAAACGGAGCUCCUGGUCCACGCUGACCGUGAGCCAGGCGAAGGAGGCCUACCGCAAGAGCUCCCUGAACUUAGAUAAGCCCCUGGUCCACCAGGAGGUCAAGCCGUCUUUGAGGCCGUGCCACUACCUGCAGGUAAGGGGUCUCGGCAGCCACGUGUCGCGGGUGGUGGGCUGGCCUUCGCCGGGAGGGCGUCUGAGCACCCCUCGUCCCCCUUUAGUCCACGGCCCUAAACACGGCGGGCCGUUCCCGG